AAAUUUUCAUAUCUGCAGUGUUCACUUUGAUUUGAAGACAAGUGCAGCAUGCAGAUCUCAGAAUUUUGCCUCCUGGUUUGCCUGACUGCUGUGAUGUCUUCAGCCCAGUAUGGAGAGCAGCGAGCCAAACUUCAAGUAAAGUCAAAUGGACCGAUAUAUGAAGGAGACGAGGUCAGUCUGCACUGUCAGCUCAAUGGAAAUCGUAUUGGGUGGACAUAUGAGAUCUACAAAUGGGAAUCAACAUACCAAUACCAUUAUAAAGUACACACAGAGAGCACCUUCACCUUCAGCCCUGUGACUCAAUCACAACGUGGGUAUUACAGGUGUCGAGCUGGAAAAGGAGGAGUUUACUCAACAUACAGUGGAUAUGUGUGGUUAGAAGUAUCAGUGCGGGGAGCCAAACUUCAUCUGAAGUCAAAUGGACCGAUAUAUGAAGGAGACGAGGUCAGCCUGCACUGUCAGCUCGAUGGAAAUCCUGUUGGGUGGACAUAUGAGAUCUACAAAGGGGAAUCAACACACUCAUACCAUUAUAAAGGACAAACAGAGAGCACCUUCACCUUCAGCCCUGUGACUCAUUCACAACGUGGGUCGUACAGGUGUCGAGCUGAAAAAGGAGGAGUUUACUCAACAUACAGUGAAUAUGUGUGGUUAGAAGUAUCAGUUCUCCCAAAUCUCCCUAAUAAGCCCAUCCUGAUAGUCCUGCCCAGUGCCUCAGUGUGGGAAGGGGACACUGUGACUCUGAGGUGUCUGUCUAAGAGCGAAGUGACAGGGACACAACUGACAUACAGAUUCAACAGAGAUGAGACACCUUUGAGUCAAGAAACUACACAGAAUAAGUUCACAGUCCAGUCAGCUCAACUGAAUGAAACUGGAAAAUAUUGGUGUGAGGUGAAGGAACAAAGGAAGGAGUCUGAGAAGAAACAAAGUGACAGAGUGCAGUUGACUGUUAAAGAGCGCUUUAGUAAACCCACUCUGAGUGUCCUGCCCAGUGCCACAGUGUGGGAAGGGGACACUGUGACCCUGAGGUGUCUGUCUAAGAGUGAAGUGACAGGGAUACAAAUGACAUAUGAAUUCUAUGAAGAUGAGACACCUUUGAGUGAAGAAACUCAACAGAAUGAGUUCACAGUCGAGUCAGCUCACCAGAACCAAACUGGAAAAUAUUGGUGUGACGUGAAGGAAAAAUGGAAGGAGACUGUGAAGAAACAAAGUGACAGAGUGCAGUUGACUGUAAAAGACAGGUGGUCCACAGGCUCAGUCGCUCGGACGUCAGCCUCCUCCGUUUAUGGGCUGCCAGCUUUUUCUGAUCUUUCCCGCUUUGCCUGGUGCUAUUAA